UAUUCUUCUAAGCCUCAAGAAGACUAAGAAAAUUUCUGUUUACAUUCAACAAAACGUCCACGAUAUCUCCAUGUUGAUAAGGUGAUUUUUAUAACGCUCCGGCUGGCAUUGACAAGCUUUUUUUAAUCUGUUGUGAGUAAUAAAAUCGCUAAUUGACAACCAGGUUAGAUUAAGAUUACCAAAUGAAUAAAAUGUGACUCCUGUAUUAGGCCUACCCUGUGUCCACAGGCGUCUUCAAACCAAGAAUCUGAAAUCUACAUUUAUUUUUAGUCUCCAGCACAGUCAAAUCCCUUCGCAAUCCCGCUCUGCUCUUAAAAUGAAAUCUCAUUAUCCAAUUUGCAGGUCUGCGAAACAUUGUGUGGAUCGGCACCUUUGAUUGGCGCGUUGCCCGUUUCUCGCUUGUUGUAUGUUGCAACCACUUAACGCGGUGAGGGCCCCCCUACAUUACUUAUAUUGCGUGCGUGUAGACACGCUCGGCCGCAGUCGUCUCCCCCGAGCACCGAGAGACAAGAUGCACGCUUUGGUAAAUGCGUUUCUGCGCUGCCUCUCGCUGCUCCUGCCUCCCCCCUGGUUUCAGCUCGGCUUUUGCUGGUGGGUUGGGGAUGAGUGCAGAAAGACGGUGCUGCCCAAUCCCAGGGCUCGUUUCAAAGGGAGAAAGCCUCUUACAGAUCAGGAAGUAAGAGCAGAAGACGCUCCCGUCCCCUCCUCUUCCCCUAACACUAGGUGCGUCUCGCUAGCAGUCGCCUCCUCGCCGCCCCCGGGAUCUCCUUUAGGGAGAAUCUGGGAGCUCUGGCAGGCUUUUGAGCGUAACCUCGGGGCUCCGCUCGCGUUCCCCCAGCGCUUGUCCCCCAAGACCUGGGGUUCACGGAGCACGUACGCGGUGGCUUGUGCGAGCACCGAGCGAGGCACGUCCGCACCUGAAGUCGGUCAGGAGGCAACCGCGAAAGAGGAACCCGGGGAUUUCGCGGUUCUGGCGGAGGCUGGGCUCGCUAGCCCGGCGAUGGAGACGCCGAGCCGCCCGGAGCCCGGGUCCGAGUGGGAGCCGCGGGGCCAACAGCUCCAGGAGAUGGGGACCCAGGUGAAAAUCCGCGUGGCUAUCCAAGCGGCGGAGGACGAAGACCCCGAGGGCGACCUGGUCCCCGAUCACCUGUAUUUCAGAGGAGGCAGCUGUAGCGAGGACGAAAUGGGCAGACACGAUAAGUCCAGUGGCGCGGGGACCAGCGGAGGAGAGAAUGAGGAGGACGGCUGGCAGCCCCCCGACCCCGAGCUGACCCAGAAGCUCAUUGCGCAGAUUGAGUACUACCUGUCGGAUGAGAACCUGGAGCACGAUGCCUUUCUGCUCAAGCACGUCCGCCGCAACAAGCUGGGCUUCGUCAGUGUCAAGCUGCUCACCUCCUUCAAAAAGGUGAAGCACCUGACCAGGGACUGGCGGACGACGGCCUACGCCCUGCGCCACUCCGAGCUGCUGGAGCUGAACGAGGAGGGCCGCAAGGUGCGGCGCAAGGCGGCCGUGCCCGUCUUCCCCAGCGAGAACCUCCCCAGCCGCAUGCUGCUGGUCAGCGAGCUGGGUCCAGCCGUGGAGAGUGAGGGCGGCAGCGCCGCCCAGCAGGAGAGGCUGAUGGAGAUGCUGCUUAAAGCCUUCGGGACCUACGGGGUUAUCUCCUCGGUGCGCAUCCUCAAGCCGGGGAAGGAGCUGCCGCCGGACCUUAAGAAGCUGAGCGGGCGUUACAGCCAGCUCGGCACGGUCGAGUGUGCCAUUGUGGAGUUUGAGGAGAUCGAGGCAGCCGUCAAGGCCCAUGAGGCCAUGGCCAGCGAGGAGGAGGAGGGGGGCCCCCCGGGGCUCAAGGUGGUUCUUAUAGGAACCAAACCUCCCAAGAAGAAAGUCCCCAAAGACCGGCAGUGGGAGGACGGAGGCCCACGCAAGAACCGCUCUCUGAACAGCAGGGUGCGGGAGCUCCAGUACCUUGGCGACGACUCGGCCUGCAGCUCUUCGGAGACCGAGAGCAAUCCCACCUCUCCCCGGGUGGCCCGCAAGGCCCGGCCAGCCAGCAAGCUGAGCCCGGGGGGGGGUGGCGGCUACCAGCAGAACAACCACCUCAGCCCAGGUGUGUCCCCCCGAUCCAGCCCCUGGAGCAGCCCCCGUGCCAGCCCCGCCACCCAGCGCAAGUCCCCCAACACCCGCAAGUCCCCCCUGGCCAGCGAGGGCCGGCUGAGCCCCGAGCCGGGCCGCAGGUGGGCGGACUACUCCUCAGACAGCAGCCUCACGCCCUCCGGCAGCCCCUGGGUGCAGCGGCGCCGCCAGGUGGCCUCGCAGGAGAGCAGCCCUGUGGGCAGCCCCAUGCUGGGGCGCAAGAUCCAGAAUGCCGACGGUCUGCCCCCGGGGGUGGUGCGUCUGCCCCGGGGGCCCGACGGGACCAGGGGCUUCCACGGCGCCUCCGUGGGAGAGCGGAACAAGCCUGUUGCCGUUCAGACCUGAGCCGGUGGAGAGGGAGGGCCGCCCUCCCUUCUGCCCCCUUUCGCCACACUAGUGCCGCCAUCGAGACCUGGUUUUCCUGAGGAAAAAUGGACUAUUUGGAUUCCGUUCUUUGGAGUUUAGCUUUCCUUGUAUUUGACACUUACAGAUAGGCCACUUUUUAUUUUAUAUAAAGCUAUUCUACAUGGUAAAAUGGCAUUUAUUUUUCAUAAGCUAGGAAGACCUGAUAUUAGACCUACAAUUGUGUGUAACUGAGUGCACGAAUGACGUGCUGCUGACGUGGCUCCAGCUUUCUCUAGCGCCUCGGUUUAAGCCUAGCCACCACCUGACACCAACAAUCAGUUUCCUGCUGAUGAAGGGACUAGGGUUGUAAUACUACUGGCACGAAUGUGAUGCUUUUCUUGGUGAAAGUAACAUCAUGUUUUGGACAUGCCACUUGAAGAACCCUUGCAGUGCGAAUUACUGUGGACAGUGGCGCGACAUAACUGUACAGGGGUUUCGCUUCAAACAAGCUGGAGGUGCUUGUGGGUAUUUUUAACCCUCAGGGGAUAGAGGUUUUAAUUUCAAGAAGGGUACCCACUGCAUUUUUGCUUUGGUUUGUCUUGACAGUAGCGGGUGCAGGCCUGGGGGUGACCCCAUAGUGCCCCAUGCCCCUGUCCUGCAGCCCUGUCUUCUGUUGAUCUGAACUUUGCGCUUGAACCAGUUGGGAAUGUCCAACAAAGCCCCCAUUUGUCAAAUGAAUGUACUGCUUUUUCUAGCCUUUGAAAGACUAUUAGUUUUGCCCUGUAAGUAAAGAUGGUUUUAUUUAAGAGCCUUCUCGGACUGCUUGUAAUGAGAGGAAAAUGCUUUCUGUUGGACAUGAUUCUGUAACUUUGGUCUAACUACAGUGUCACUUUCAGUUAAAUGACUUUUUUUAGUUUUAUUUUAAGCACCUUUUCCUCUUUUUGCAAUCUGGUACUUUGAAGCUGGCAUUUUUUGUGGGCAUAUUUGCUCAAAGGCUGAAUUGCAAAGAUUCAGCAGGUACUUGUGUAUUUGCCACUGAUCAUGCCUUCAGAGAGCGGCAUGCUGGGAGUUGUGAUGGAAGGGGGUCAUUGUGGUUUAUUGGAGGACUGUUGUUUUUGUACAUAAUUAUGAAAUGUAUAGUGUUGUACAAAUAAAGCAACAUCAAUGGAA